AUGCCUCAUGCUGCCGCUGUUAUUCCCGCUGCCACAACACCGUUGGUGGUGCAAGAUGUCGAGACCCCACAGCCAGGGUCGCACGAGCUUUUGAUCAAGAACGAAUUCAUCGCUCUCGUACCAAUCGACGCGAAACUUGCCAAACUGGGAGUUUUUCCAAUUCCUUAUCCUGCUAUUCUGGGUACAUCGUAUGGAGGCACAGUCAUAGCAGUUGGUCCCAACGUCACCGACUUCAAGGUCGGAGACAUGGUCGCAUCAGCUAAGACUGCUGGUGCUGAAGGCAACAAAUUCGGCGCGUUUCAGAAGCAAGUCAUCGCUCGGGAUGUCACUACCAGCAAGCUGCCAGCUUCAGCCGAUUUCAGUGGUCCCGUUGGUCUGAUUGGAAAUUUCAGCACUGUCAUCGGCCUGUUUAAUGAGCAUCUGGGACUUCACAAGCCUGAUGCGCAUAGCAAAGCCCCGCCGAAUGGCAAGAAGAUACUGGUCUACGGUGGUACUUCAAGCUUUGGAAGUCUAUCUGUGCAAUAUCUUGCACAAGCUGGCUACGAUGUUGUUACUACCACGUCACCUCGACACAAAUCGCUUGUGGCUGAGCUGGGGGCUAUGAAAGUCAUCGACCAUACACAAUCUUCCGAUGCGGUCAUCAAAGCCUUGAAUGCGGAAGGACCCUACGACUACGUCGUGGACUCUAUCUCUCUUCCAGAUACCAUCAAGAUCACCGGCGGGGUUCUUGGUGCUCAAGGCGGUGGUAAGAUAUAUGCACUGCUACCGCCCUUCGGCCCGGACGAUCUCCCGGCACGCGUGACGCGUGAGUUUGGCUCGUGGAGUGCGCCUCUGGGAGAAGAGAAGAACGCAGGUCUUCUGAAGUGGGCGUUCAACACGUACUUUCCCCAAGCAAUUGCGGAAAACAAGCUCAUUCCGCUUCCAACGCAGAAGAUUGAUGGUGGUCUCGGAGCACUCAACGAAGCCCUUGAUAUCCUGAAUAAGGGGGUCAGCGGUUUGAAGGUGGUUGUAAACCCACAGGAGUAG